UGCAUGUAAAAAUCUUCCCCAACAAUUUGCAUUCUAAAUAUUGUUCAUUGUGGUGCAGGAGAACCAAAACCUGAUCUGGAAGCUAAAAAUAGCUAGAAACAAACAAUGAAAAGGACUUUUAUUUUCACUAACCAAUUUAUUUAUCAAUAAAUUGGUAAAAUUAAAUAACAGUGAACAAAAGGCAAAACACCAACCAGAAAGGGUAAGGGAUCUUUGAGAGAGUCUUUUGUUUGUAAUAAUCUGAACACAGUAAUGCUUAAUUCGUAAUCAAAGAUGUGCCGGGGCUCAAGCAAUUCAUUGCCGGGACUAUGAAUCGCCAAACCUGGGAGGAGGUCUCAGCCCUAGCACCCGAACACGGCCAUGGGUAACAUAAGGAAGGACGCUUUUUUAAAUAGGAAAUUUUCAGUCUGUCCCCUUAUGAUGUUGCCUAUACACACUCCAGAACAGCGAGUAACGGUACCUAGGGGCACUCCCAGCAAUGGCGUGUGUUAGCCUGCUCAGGAAGCGUGCUCCACUGAAAAGCAAACACCAACUUUGCCCGGCCCGUUUUGUACGGGAACGAGACCUGACUCGGAGCUGGGAUCCCAUCUCCAGCUCUCACCCCCGGGCUGAUGCUACCUUCUCCUCCAACCCGCAGCGCGAGCCCUUUAAAUCGCAGCCGGUGCCGGAAGGGCUCGGGAACGCCAGCUGCAGGCUAUAUACUCUGGCUGGAGCAGCGGGAGCUCGACUGUGCCUCUCAGCGGGGGCAGGAAAAGGCAGCGGGCGGGCGCUGGGAGACCAUGGCUCCUUGAGGCGCCGGCUUGGUUGUGCGGGGGCUGGGUUUGGAGGUGACCUGCAAAGGGGCGUUGCCUUCCUGCCUUGCGUGUAGCAGGGGCCUGAAGGUGCCUCCCCAGCCUGAGGUGGCCCCGAGGAUCGUGCCCGCAGGGACGCUGCCAUGGCCGCGGCGGUGUCCUCCACUCCCGCAGGCAGCGGGCGAGCUCUGCGCCGCUCGGCCGCCCUGUCCCCGCUCAGCCCGACCCGGCUCAGCCGGCUGCAGGAGAAGGAGGAGCUGCAGCAGCUCAAUGACCGCCUGGCCGCCUACAUCGACCGGGUGCGGGCCCUGGAGGCCGAUAAAUCCGCGCUGCAGCUGCGGCUGGCGGAGCAGGAGGAAGGGAGCAGCCGGGAGCUGGGCAACUUGCGGCUCCGCUAUGAGACCGAGCUGGCCGAUGCUCGCAAGGCGCUGGACGGCAUCGCUAUCGAGCGGGCCACGCUGCAGGUGGAGCUGGGCAAGCUCAGCGAGGAGCACCGGCAGCUGCACGCCAGGAACACUAAAAAAGAAGCUGACUUGAACCUGGCACAGGCUCGUGUAAGAGACCUUGAUGCUCAGCUGAACUCCAAGGAAGCUGACUUAGCAACAGCUUUGAGUGGAAAAAGAAGUUUGGAGGGUGACCUUCAAGAGUUAAAGGAUCAAAUAGUCACUCUUAAGUUGGCAUUGGAAGAUACCAAAAAGCAUCUCCAUAGUGAAAUGUUGAAGAGAGUGGACCUGGAAAACCAAAUGAAAACUCUGCAAGAACAAAUGACAUUCCAGAAACGCCUGCAUGAAGAUGAGCUCAAGGAAACCAAAAGAUUCCAUGAGAGCAGGAUAGCAGAAAUAGAAUCUGGCCGUCAGAGGGAAUUUGAGAGCAAACUUUCAGAUGUUUUGCAAGGACUCAGAAAGGAGCAUGAAGACCAAAUUCAAGAAUACAAAGAUGGCUUGGAGCGCACAUUCAGUGCCAAAAUCGAGAAUGCCCAGCUUUCUGCUGCCAAAAAUAGUGACUUUGCCAAUGCUGCUCGGGAGGAGCUGAUGGAAACAAAGAUGAGAGUUGACAGUCUGACAUCCCAGCUUAACCAUUAUCAAAACCAGAAUUCUGCACUCGAGAACAGACUAAGAGAGUUACAGGAGACCCUGGAUUAUGACCGUGACCUGCAUCGAAGACAUAUGGCUGAAAAAGAUAAAGAAAUGGCACAAACUCGGCGGCAGAUGCAAGCACAGUUGGAAGAAUAUGAGCAUCUAUUAGAUGUGAAACUAGCUCUAGAUCUGGAAAUAAAUGCCUACAGAAAGAUGCUGGAAGGAGAAGAACAGAGACUAAAACUGCCAUCUAGUCCAUCUUCCCAAAGUGUUGCAAUCCAGGCAACAACCAGCCACGGGCGUCGCUUCCUGCAUGGAAAAAAGAGAAAACUGAAAGAAUCCCAAAAGGGAGAGCACAGUGUCAGCUUCAAGACUGUUCAGCAUGUGUCUUGCUCAGGAAAUGUGUCCAUAGAAGAAAUUGACACAGAAGGGAAAUUUGUCAAGCUUAAAAACAACUUGGAUGAGGAUCAGUCUCUAAACGGAUGCGUACUAAGACGAAGACUUGGAAGUUUGUCUGAAAUAAUAUACAGAUUCCCUGCUCGGUUUGUCCUUCAGGGAGGCCAAGUAGUCACAAUCUGGGGUGCUGAUGCUGGUGUAAACCAAAGUCCUAGUGAUCUAGUUUGGAAAUCUCAGAAGUCUUGGGGAACUGGGGAUAACAUUAGUGUUACACUUAUAAAUGCUGAUGGAGAGGAGACUGCUGAGCGGAAAAUCAUACGUGUACCCAGAGAAGAAAGUGGUGGUGAACGGGAAGAUGAGUGUGACGAAGAAGAAAUAACGGGGAGUGAAACGGAGUUGCGUCGUCGGACCAAAAGAAGAAAAAAGAAAUGUUGUUUGGUGUCAUGAUUGUUUCCAGUGAGCAUCACAAAAUAGAGUCUCCAGCAAAAUGAAGAUCCUAGCUGUUGUGUCAUGUAACUAAACCAAGGUAGUGACUACCUACCAACACUCCUUAAACCAAAGUGACCGUUCAGACUGCUUGAAUUUUUAGCAGCUUCUGGAAUACAUGAACUUUGGACUUUUUUUUUUUUUUUUCCCUCAGACCUGCUUGAAAAAAUUAUCAACAAAUAGAAAGUUCCCAUUCUGGCAGAUAUUGAGCCCUGCCUUCAAUGAAAUUAGAGAAAAGUAUUUCCUUUUCAAAGUCUCUUUCCAUGACACACAAGUAUUGUGAUUUUUAUUCAGCUGCAACAAACUUGCCAUAAAGGACCGUGCAUAAUUUUUGAUAACAUACUGCUAGGCAUGUCUCAUCCUAGCAAAGGAUGGUGAACUACUCACAAACUUAAUGGCUUCAGUUUUCUGAACUUCUAAUUUAAAUUUUUUCUCCAAAGUAGACUUAGAAGAAAAGCAGUUUCAAACCAAUUUAAAAAAUUUAAGUGAACCAAAUUCUGCCUUGACUUACACCUUGUGCAGCUCUAUUUGAAUUGAAAUUCAGAGGAAACGGUUUACCCUUGAACAUCAAAAACCCCAGUAGUCAUUUAGUGUUUGAAGUCUGAUACUGAAGUACAAACACUUGGGCUAAGCCAAAUGAUAUAAUAAUCUACUGGUGUAAAGAUUUUUUUUAAAACUGAGCAAGCUAUUUGUAAAACAUGUAUUUUUAACUUUUAGUUAAACCAACCAUUGUACUGUUUCUCUAGACUAUACCUGUUAACCUAAACUUCUGUAUUUAUUACUGUACAUAGUUGAAGUGUUUGAAACUUUGGGGUGAGUAGCUUUGUAUUAUAAAUGUGAACUAAAGUCUGAUGCCAACAUAGGUAGUAAUGUAUUUAACCACAGUAUUGCUAAGUUAAUUGCUUACAUAGCAAAACAUUAAUGUCAGAACUUAAACCGUUUGGUAUAGAUAGAGAUCACAUACUCCAAUGAUUGCCAUGUCUUGAUAUCUUUUAAGAAAGUUCCGAUGUUUAAUAAACAUGUGAAAUAAGGAUGUGCAGUUUACACUGUCACUACUUCUACAUUCAUAAUUGAGGUGAGAACAACUUCUGUUUUGUAAAAUAGCUAGAUAUGUUUCUGAUUAGCACUGAAUUCACCUUGUAACUAUGCUGUAUAUCUACUUGAAAUGUUUAGAACAUAUAGCACUUAGUCAUAGGUAGCCAUUACAGUAAGCCACUACCUUUAUUCUUGUUAGUAAUUUUUUUUUUAACCUAGUAGUUAUCCUGAAAAGUGGGAGAUGGCCUACCAAGAGUCCCUAGUUCAGCAACAUAAGUGUUUCCUUGCUAAAAUGUUAAGUGAUAAUGCAGCUCUCAGAACACUGGAACAGUUUUCAGCAUUCUUCGUCUUGCCAAAAGUUUCAAUUGUAUAGUAUGACUGAAUUAAGAUCUGGCCCAUGUUGGGACCAUACUUUUUCAUGCAAAGCUCUUUUUGAAAUGCUUUUGAGUUCCUAUCAAUUAGAAUAAUUAUAGGAUUUUAAGACACUGGACACCUAGAUGGUGGGUGAAUUUGGCCUUCCAUAUUUUAGUAGACCCAAAUCCAUACUUUUUUUUAGAGGGAGGGGGGCACUGUCACUUUAAAAGAAUUAAAUUAAAUUUAACUAUUCAUGAUCUUGCUGUGUGUCUUGGGUGGUUCAACUGAUUUUCUUAAUAUUAAAGAUUAUCCCUAUACAUUAUCAUUCUCGGGUUUUAAUGUUUAAAUUUAUAACUGUAUAGUGAAGUGAGCAUUACAAAAUUUGUAUUGCUUGAGUUCUAAAUGUAGCUAAAACACCCAAAAAAAAAAAAACAACCUUGUCUCCUUUAUUUUAAGCAAAUAGACGCCUACAAUAGACUAAUCUGCCUUAGAAACUAUUGCAUGCAACUCACAUUUUUACAUGUUCUGGAUAAAGCUGAAAUUGCAAUGAAUCUAGUAUACCAAGAAAAGGUGGGGUUUUGUAUGUCAAAUAGUAACAACUGUUACUAUUAUACUAGACUACAGGCAUUUGGGGAUUAAAUGCUGGAAAUGACUACAAUUCAAACUAUUGCAACUUCUCUACUUUAUUAGCAUCUUGUACAUUUUUUCAUUUUCAAAUCCACCUUCUCAAAAGAUGUAAACAGCACCAUUAAAAACUAAACUACCCUAAUUUUUCACUGUAAGAUAAUAGUCUACUCCUUUAAAAAUAAAUAUUCCAGUCCCAUUGUAGUUAAUCCUAAUUUUGGUAAUCCCUGAGCACAGAAGGCAUGAAGGGGAAUAAAAUGCUUUUCGUGUGUAACUAGAUAAACUGGCACUUAGUUAAUAUUUUGGUUUAUUUUAAUCGCUGUGGGGAGAGACCAUAGCCUUUAAGACAAGGGCUCAUAUUUAACAUAAAUAAAUGAGAACUUUGCCCUCUUAUGUCUAGAAGAAAUUCUGAAAGCAGGAUCAAGUCUCCUGUCUUCCUAUUUUUAAAACAGAGCUAGGGAGACAAACUAUCUCUUGUUCAGACACUUUUGGCCCUUUUUCUAACAUUCCCUCUCCCUUGUCUUUCCACCUAGAGAGAGGACUUUGCCUCCAUGCUCUGCUUGAAAAUGUAUACCCUUCCUGAGCCCCUUAGGACAACCCCCCUCCUUCCAGCAUGGCUAUGUCUCACAGGAGGAGUAGUGGGCUGCUGAAUCUUACCUGUACCUUGCUGGGACCUACAGUUAAACUUUAUUCUCAGUGCUUUGUACCUCCAUUGGAGGGCUGCAUGAAUAAAUUAAAAUGCAAUGUCUAGGCCAGGAAAUUUAAGCCUUUAAUGUAAGAGGGAAAAGCCACAGAACAGCUAAAUGAACUGGUUAAACCUUGCACAUGAUGCUCACAUCCACUUUAAAAGAAAUACUUGAAAAAUAUUGGUUCAGAAUUAAAAAAAAAAAUUCCAAAAUAAAACCCUCAGAUCUAUCCAGUAGCCAACUCCCUUCCUCUACUAGGGUGGAAUGCACAGAUGGGGGCUGCUGUAGCUGUCAAUCUGGUCUCACUGCCAUAGAACCUGAUUCGAGUUCCACAGGCAGGUUUAACCAGGCAGAUGCAGCUUGUCUGUGGGAGCUGUACAAUUUCUGAUGUUUGGUAAACCAGACUAGCUUAAUGCAACAUAGCAGCUCUGUGUUAGGCAACCAUAGAGAUAUCUCAUCCCUGCUGUUGCUUAGUGGGGUUUCUCAAGCAUAACUCCCAGGAAGUAUAAAAUCAGCUCUCAUCUGCCCUUAGUGGGUCUUCUGCCACUCACUGCUUUCACAAGGAAUUGUAGCAAUCCUGCUCUCUGCCUUAGGUCUGGGGCUAACUGUUGGUAAACAGACAGUAAAGUUAACCUAUUCUGAAAGUACUGGGUCCUGUACUGAUAGUUCUCCAGGUAUACAAUAAGGGCAAAAAUAACUUGUUCUGAGUAUAGGCAAAGUAAUAAAUCCUAAACAUAUGUUUAAUAAUGGCUCCAUGGGCGCUCUUCUCAGGAAGCUGUACCUACUCGCUUUUGGUAGAGCUCCUUGCUUGUGUGUAUUUACCACCACCUGUGUUAGGAGGGAAGCUAAGAAGAACAUUCUAAUCUUAGGCACUGAAUAUAAACACCUUUAACUAGCUUCCAGUUUAAGCUCCCUGUUUCCCAGUGAAAUACCUCUGGAAAGCAUCCAUCAACUGUAGCGAUAGGGAUGUUCACUGUGUUGUGGCUGUUGGCUGGCUGAAGUGGGCAUAAAGGUCAAGCAAGUAUCACUUUGACUUUGGAGGGAGUGAUAUUUUGCUGUCAAUUUUGAAAGCUGCUUUUUGCUAGAACAAAUCAUUGGGGGUGCAUCCUGCGUUUUUUCUAUACAAUUCUCAGCAUCUGAAGCAUGCUGGUGCUGUUCUGUUGCUGCUCAAGUUUCUGUUGCUUGUUGACCACAGCAGAAGACCAGUGUUCCCUAGAAGUUGUGUGCUUGGGUGGCCAUCCAGGAGAGAUUCAAAUUCAGCCCAGCUGCUUAGCAGAGCACCCACAGUUGCCAGCCUGCAUUUGUAUUGGUGAUGCACAAGACAAUUUAUUCCACACAUGGAUGGAAAAUAGAAGCUGAGCCAGGGGGAGGGGGAAAGAGGGGAAAAAAGGUCUGUGGCAAAACAGACAGGGCCUGAGUGCCUAGACCUCUGCUUAAUCAUGAAGCAAAUGCUAAAUUUAGAUGAGUGGGUUUAUUCAUUAUUUUAAAUAGUUUCUCUCUUCCAAACCUAGUUAGGGCUGCAGAGUUAAUAUAGUUGGUAAGGGAGUACUGUGAGCAGGUGAUUUAGUCAGAGUAGAAGUAGAACACAGGAUGCCAUAGUGGAAGAAGUGAAGGUGUAGGCCUUUGGCUGGAAAGGAUGCCCCAGACAGAGACUGGCUAAGAGAGCCAAGGUACAAAUUCAUCCCUGAAUUGUACUACCUACUUUCAAUCAAUCACAGUCUCUGCUGUCUUAGCCAGAAGCCAUUUUGGCUAAAAUUCAUCAGUUCUCCCCAGCCGAUUUUUGGCUGUUGCUACUCGGAGCUUCCCUUUCGGCCUCAGCAGUUCAUCAAACAAGCUAUUGCCGAAUUAGGCCAAGUCUCUGCCCUGCAUUGCUUUGUGCUUCCCGGGUUACAAAAGGCUU